AUGAUAUAAUUUGAAUUAAGAUAAUGUUUAGGGCUUCCAACCCUCCACCUUAUGACUUAAAAUACAGCAACCUAACUGCCAUGCGGAGCUCAGCACCCCACCAUGCGAGACUUAACUUUUUGCUUCAGCGACCACGCCAUCAAAGUCUCCGAUGCCUCCUGCUCCGGCAACAGCAGCCACAGCAUCUUCCCAAUCAGCGCUGCCGCCGGCGGAGGCGGCUGCCGCAGCUCCACCAGCCGCAGUCCUUCAACUGAUCAGCCUUCAAUCCAAAUCUCCACCACAUUGUUGUUCAAAUCCAAACUCUCCUCCGGCAUUAAUCCCCUGCUCAUCAACCUUACCUGGUCGAGAAAUCAAUUAUCCACCUCCCUCUCCAUCUCCUUCCCGGAAUUCCUCCAUUCAUGGAAACCCGUUUUUCUUGCAAACAAGAAAGGCAAACAAUCCUUCCUCGCCUCCUCCUCCUCCAUUUCCCUCCACUGGGACUUCUCCUCCGCAACCUUCGACCAAGGACCAGACCCCAUUAACAACUUUUAUGUUGCAGUCAUAGUUGACUCUGAAUUCGCUCUGCUUCUCGGAGACCAAAUUGAAGAAUUCCUCAAUAAAUUCUCCGAAAAACUCCCGAUUGCAGAAUUCUCCAUGAUAUGUAGAAAAGAACAAGUUGUUGGGCGAACUCUGUACUCAAUAACCAGAGCUCGGUUCGGUGACGGCGAGAUAGUCGACCAUGAGAUCACCAUUAGAUGCAGAGGCGGAGGAUUGAACGACGGAAAAGACGCCGAGCUCUUUGUUUUCAUAGAUAAGAAGAGAGUUGUUCAUGCGACGAAACUGAACUGGAAUUUCAGAGGAAAUCAAACAAUCUUCAUUGAUGGUUCGCCUGUAGACGUGAUGUGGGACAUGUAUGGAUGGUGGUUUAGCGGCAUGGUUGGGCAAUCUGUGUUCAUGUUUAGGAAGCGGAGCUCGCUGGAGAGCAGGCUGUGGCUGGAAGAACAGGGGACUGUUGGAUUUUCUUUGCUGAUUCAGGCUUUCAGGUCUCCAUGAUUCCUAUAAUUUGCUCACUUCAAUUUUUUUUUCUUGUUCUUAUCAUAAAUUCUUUUAAAAGGAUGAUUGAAUAUGUUUUGAUUGUUGAAUUUGAUCUGGAUUACAUGUAUGAUCAUUUGUGUUUCUCUGAUUGAAAAUGUUUUCAUAGAUUGAAGAAUUUAUACCUUCAACUCUAUCAACUAAGUUUUAGUUCUUGUUCUUCUCUAUCUUCAAGUUCAUGAUCAUUUUUUUUAAAUUUUCUACCAUUUUCUUCUAGCUAAGUAAAAAGAAAGAAAAGAAAAGAAAAGAUUGAUUAAUUAGUUGGAGUAUUGGAAUAUUAAUAACAUAAUAAUUAGGUUGAAAUAGAAGAAAAAUAUUUGAUCAUAAACAUUAUAUGCAACUGUUUUGUACAUAGAAUGAAAUUAAAUUGUAAUUUUUUUUGUUUAAAAUAAAAUUACAUUGUUUGUACUUUUGAUUAAAUAUUUAUAUUUAUUAAUCAAUUAUCUUGUAUCAUUGAUUGAUGAUUCUUAUUAAUUUUUGGUGCUUUUUCCUCUCAAUGUUCAUGCUUGUGAUAAAAAAAAUUUAUGCCAUUUUCUUCUAUCUAAAAAAAAUUUGUUUGGUUAUUAAGGCAUCAUUUGAGCUGGCUUUCUUACUGUUUUUUAAAUCAAUUUUUUAGUAUAAAAUUUUAAAUUUUUGUAUUAAAAAGCUAUUUUAAAAAAACAAUAAGUAAGUUGUGACAACCUGACUUCAAUUCGGACGGGUUUUUUGUUGCUUCUUAAAACGGAGUUUUAGAAUCAAAAUUUUAAUUUUUUACUAAAACUUCAUUUAAAAAAGCAAUAAAAAAACCGUCUCAAACGAAACCUAAGUCUAAGUUGGAUUAAUCUUAGAAUAUAAACAGCAUAAUGAUUAGGUUGCAAAAGAGGGAAAAAAUGAUAUAAACAUUAUGUGACAACUGUUUUGGUACUAUAGAUGGAAAUUAAAAUGUAUUUUUGCUCUUAAGAUAAAAUUAUAUUGUCCUGUACUUUUUAUUAAUAUUCAUCUUUUUUAAUCACUGAAUGAUGUCAUAAAAAUAAGGUGAUCAGUGAAUGAUCUAAGCAUUUUUACCCUAAUUCAGAAUUCUUUUUUCAUGUAUUGAAUUUGCAAAUUCAACUGAAAAUAGGGGCAAUUGAAUUACCCCAUGAAGAUUAACUUUAAGUCAGUUUAAUUUAUUAUGAAAAUAGAAAAUAU